AGAGAGAGAGAGAGAGAGAGAGAGAGAGAUGGAUUUGAAGGAGAUGGUUUUGAAAAUCUUCGAAGAAUUACGGUCGGAGAACGAGAAUUCCCUGAUGAAAGAAUUAGGGUGGGAGAACGAGAAUUCCCUGAAAGAAUUACGGACGUCGGAGAAGGAGAGUUCCCUGAAAGAAUUAAUUCGAAUAAAUGAACCCAUUUUUGAUAGGUUUUUGACGGAAUUUGUUUCACAGACUCCUUUGCACAUUGCAAUUCAACAUGGGAGCGUCUACUUUGCCAGAGAAAUCCUAGGUCGGAAGCCCCAACUCGCCCACGUAUUGAGCUCCCAAGGAUUCUCACCUCUGUACAUGGCAUCGGCAAACGGGUCUGUCGAUAUCGUAAAAGAGCUCUUACCAUUAAUCGCUGAUGUUUCAUAUGAUCGAGAUUCAAAAGGGUGGACUCCUGUCCAUGCAGCUGCGAUGAAAGGUCAUAUCAAUGUCUUGGAGGAGUUCAAGAGAAUCAAAGCCGAGUGGAUCCGAGACAUGACGGAUCGAGAUGAGACGGUCCUACACCUUUAUGUGAAAUAUAAUAACCAGGUUGAUGAACUGAGGAAGUUGAGAGGCUUGUUGGAUUUGGGUGAUGACAAAGAGUUUGUGAAUCGAAAGGAUGCGAAUGGAAACACCAUUCUUCAUCUCGCUGCAAUGAAGAAGGAUACGGAGAUGAUAACGUACUUGAUCAGCACUGAGACUGGUUUGGAGAUAAACGCCAUGAACAUGAAUGGUUUCACAGCCUUGGAUGUCUUCGCACUUUAUCCUAGUAACUCAGCAGACAGGAAAAUGGUGAAGCAACUCCGAAAGAAGAGAGCUGAAAGAUCUCGGGAAAAGCUCACAGCAAAAGCCACUGGCGAGUUAAGGAAUGCAUUGAUGUUGGUGGGCACACUAACUGCGACCCUAUGCUUCCAAGCGGCCCUCGUCCCACCUGGCGGUCUUUGGCAAGAUGAUUCUAACAUGGGCAACAACACCUUAGAUAAGACAAAUCACACCGCGGGCACAUCCAUUUUGGCUGAUAAGGACCAUAAACUGUUCGGACAAUUCCAGAUAUUCAACCAGAUAGUGUUUCUCCUGUCAUUGAUCCUAAUCUUAGCAGGCGGAGUGGUCAGACGUCGAAAUACAUUUCGAGUGAAAGUGUUAUUGUUUUUACCUGGUCAGCAUUAUCUUGUGCUCGCGCUUACUUGUGUGUCAGUGAUGAUUUAUCUUUGCAACAAGGUUCACACACCUAAAGGACUACCGCAUGAAAUACGCAGGAACCUGAAUGCGUUGAAUAUAAUAUUUGUUGCUUUUUCUUCAGCUAUUUGUUCCUUUUUCUUCAUUAUCAAUUCGGUGUCUCAUUACCGUUAUCUGUGGAGCCGAAAGGAAGCAAGAAAUAGCGGCAGCAACGUUGACACGGGGACUAAGCAACGUCCUUGA